AAACAAACAUACUUAGGCGAAGCCAAUAUUUUUUUCCAAUCAUGGUUGGAUACAUUUAGACAACAUCUUCAAGCACAAAAAACGCAGUAGAAAUCGCCUUCAAAACCUUCUUUUUAGUCCAGCCCCUUCUCAGAAUUCUGCCUGCCGAAUCGGAUGCGUCAUGGUUUGUGUCAGAGAAGCAGAGGCGGCUGGUUCCUCUUAACCGAAGCUCGGACUGAAACCCGGAACUGGUUUUGGGAAGGCCGUUUCCUUUUAACGUAUAGGGGUGGGGUUGGCUUUCUUUUUUCCGCAGCAAAUCUAGUGCGGCAUGGCGUCGGUAGGCAUGCCUGACCCGAGCUUCUUGUGGGGGGUCUUCCAAAGGGUUGAUAAAGACCGUAGCGGUAUCAUCUCAGACACCGAACUCCAACAAGCACUUUCAAACGGAACAUGGACUCCAUUUAAUCCAGCAACUGUGAGAUCUAUUUUAUCUAUGUUUGACAGAGAAAACAAAGGUGGUGUAAACUUCAAUGAAUUCACAGGAGUCUGGAAAUACAUCUCUGACUGGCAGAAUGUUUUUCGCAGAUAUGAUAGAGACAACUCUGGAAUGAUUGACAAACAUGAAUUAAAGCAAGCCCUAACAGGUUUUGGAUACCGACUGACUGACCAGUUCUACGAUCUCUUGAUUCAAAAAUUUGAUAGGCAAAGAAGAGGGCAAGUGGCUUUUGAUGACUUCAUUCAGUGCUGUGUUGUACUGCAGAUUAGGUUUCAUCUGCUUGUAUCGUUUAUCAUUUUAAAAAAAGAAAUUAGUGUUACUCUUCUUCCUGGGAUUUUUUAAUUCUGGGUAAGCAAAGAGAUUUAUUACUAAAGCUAAAUAUGUCUUCCUUUUCCUUAUAUUUUGGUGUAAUAAAAAGAUUUUCUGCCUUUGUUCCCUGGCUUGGAGAUAGCUGGAUAUGAAUACUUGCCUGCAGUCAUUCUGUGUAUGAAAUGUUUUAUAACUAAGCAUGUUGCAAUUUUGAGUGGAGUUUUACCUUCAGUAGUUACUGUGCUUAGGAUAUACUACUAGCCUAAAUAUUACCGUUCUAUGUGCACUAAGAUCUACUCUACUCUGGAAUGGUACAUAGCCACAUAAGGGCUGCAUUUCAAGCAAGUCUAAUUUACUAACUGCAUGGAGUUUCUGCAUAUCUUUGGUAUGGCAAACAACUAUUUACUUCCUCUGUGUUAGACCACAAAACAGAAAACUUAUUGAAACAAAUUUUAUUCUUCGAAAUUUCACAGGAGAGUAGUAGUCUUGAUUUAAUUAAAACUCUAUAUAGUAGAACUGAUUUAUUUAGGAUAUAUUGAUAUAAAUAAAUGCAUCUCCUCCCUCUUCCCAAUUAUCAUGUUAAUGGUAAAUUUCAGAAAUCCUAAGUACUGUAAUAUAUUACUUUAAAUUGCUUUAAAUUACUUUAAAUUGUUUCAAAUGCUGAACAAACUAGUCCUUGAUUUUAAGAAUGAUAAUUGGGACUGGAAACUCUGUAGUUAAUCAGCUUGAUCGAAAAACCAUUUGACUACACCAACUAAUGAUAGUGACUACAUGGGUCAUAAAGUGAAGGCCUUGUGAUUGCAUUUGAUGCCAGUUCCCCACUGACAUUGCUUGGUGGAACCUGACAGGAAAGGUCACAAAUCACAAUCAUUUGAUUGUAGAGAUACUGUCAUGGGUGUAACUAGGAUCAGUGUAAUUACCACUUGUUUAGCGCUGUUUUUAAAUUUGAAUGGUUGCCAAGUGAGUGAUUGUUAAAUGAAGACCACCUGUACAGAAAAAAAAAUAGUCUGCCAAUCUCCUUCCAUUGUGUCUUAAUUGAUUUCACUCAGAAUUUGGGUGGAUCCAAUAAUGACUGGAUAUUAAUUUCUAGGGGGGGGAAACCCACCAUUAAUCUUAAUGCAAUAAAAUACAUUGAGAAUAGUAUUUAUCAUCUUACAUUAAGAAAUUUCAGGCAGUACUAACAGUGUCAAUUCCUAAACCAUCUCUUGUUUCUGCAUUGCACUUGUUAAUUAGGAAUUCAAUUCUGUUCCCAACUUUUUCUCUUUGAAUCACUUAUUUAAGUGGCAUUCUUUACUUCCAAAUAGAGUUCUAUUUUAUUUUCUCUUUGAGUAUGGAAAUAGCUUAAACCUGCAAACUUAAGGACAUUUAAGAGCAGAAAUCUAAUUUGUGGCUGAAAAAGGAAAACUGAAGCAAUACAUCUAUUAGAUCUUGUUUAUGCAAGCAGUUAUACUUUCUCAUCAUGUACAUCAUCCAUGUGCUUAGCAAUAAUACUGCUAAAUGAAAUUUUUAAAACUUACUUAUCUGAAUUGCAAGUUUUCAGUUCCACGUAUCCUAACUCUACCAAGGCCAAAGUAUUUUUUUUUCUAUAUAUUUCAACAACUGUGAGACUUUUACAUGCGCAAAUGAACUAUAGAACAUAGAAUAGGGUUGGAAAAGGAAUUCAGAGUUUUCUGGUGAAAGCCCCUGUUUGAGUCUAUGUUUGAAGACCUCCAGGGAUGGAACACCAACAACUUCUGGAGGGAAGGUUCCAUUAAUUGGUCUCAUUGUCAGAAAAUUUCUCCUUAAUUCUAGAUUAGAUCUUUCUUUAAUAAUCUUCCAUCUGGCAUUUCUUGUCCUAUCCUCAGAUGCUUUCGAGAUUAUGUCAAUUCCCUCUUUUCUGUGACAGCUCCUCAAAUAUUAUAAGUCUGAUGUCAAGUUAUCCCUAGUCCUUCUUUUUGUUAGGCUAGACACACGUAGUUCCCACAACUGUUCAUUGUACAAUUUAUCCUCUAGACCCUUUAUCAUGUUUGUUGUUGUCUGCACUGUCUCAAUAUCUUUAUACCAUGGUGAUCAGAACUGGAAGCUGUAUUUCAAGUAUGUGUUAUAUCACUUCACGUGAUCUUGAGACAAUCUCUCUGUUGAUGCAAUCUUGAAUUGCAUUUUGUUAGAUAAGACCCAGCAUUCAUGUCUGUCAAGAUCCUUCUGUCCCUGGGGUCUGCCUUCCAAAGCAUUGGCUAUUCCCUCCCUGCUUGAUAUAGUCUGCAAAUUUGAUGAAUUAUCUUCUAUCCCUUUAUCUAAAUAAUUUACGAAGAUGUUGAAGUCUAAGACAGAAUUUUUGCAUUGACUGAUGGAUGCAUUCUAAUGUAUCUAGGAUAGUAUAUAUAAUUUAAAGCCCAGAAUGACUUGGUGUUCAGAAUCUUAUUCUAUUUAAGAAUAAGAUCACAGGGGUUAAAAGAUCACAGGGUUAAAAGGAAAGCAUUUGUUUUUCACACAAGAAAGAUAAAAAGUUUGUUAAACAUUCUGUUUCAGGAUACAAAUCUUCCCUUUGAGAAACAUUAUGCAUCAAGUAUUUGGUAGAUAGUCAAUUAUUUCUUGGGAGAAAACUUGUUCACCUUAAUUUUUUUUAAUGUAGACAAAUGCAACAACUGUACAGGUAGUCCUCAACUUAUGACCACAAUUGAACCCAAAAAUUAUGUUUUUAAGUGACACAUUUAUUGACUUUUGCCCCAUUUUAUGACCUUUGCCACUGCAAAUGAUAAGUUAGUAACUCAGUUGUUAAGUGAAUCAUAUUGCCUUGAGACCUGCAACAGUCGUAAGUCUGAACCAGUUGCCAAUCAUCUGAAUGAUCACAUGAUCAAGGGGAUACUACAAGAGUUGUAACUAUGAAGAAUGGUCAUGUCACUUUUUUCAGUGCCUGUAAGAUAUGUCUCAACUAGGUCCCUAGGAAAGAAAGAUCCUCAACUCCUUUUGGUUGAAGUAAUUAAGAGUUAGUGGUUUCAGCAAAAGCAAGCCUAGAAAUGAAAUUCUCAUGCAAAGCAUUACAGUACUUCCCCUUCUUACCAUCCCUCCCCCCCUUGACCUGUCUUUAUCAAAUGGUGCCAUGUGAUGCAGUUCACAUUCUUUUCUCAGGCUCCACUCCAAUUGGAAUAGACCAAUUCUCACACCUCUGGUUUCCAUCAAGCCUAUCAUUCCUUCCCCUUUGCUCAUCUCUACCUUCUACAUGCCAAUUGCCUACUUCCUUCUCCUCCCACUCCCCUCUCCCCGGCCCUGACAAUUUAUGACAGGUUGUCAGCAAAGUGCUAAACUGAAGAUAGCAGAUCUGACAGUGCCAUCGUAACUUUGAGCAGUCACUAAAUGAACUGUUGUAAAUCAAGAACUACCUGUAUAUGGAUUUUUUAAAACAGUGAUUACAGGUUUUUCACCAGCAAACAACUGAAGAGAGCACUUUGAAUGAACAACACUACAAAUUGUAUACAUUUGGUUUGUUAUAUAAAAAAAUGGAUAAAAGGGACAUUGUAAAUAAAAUGCAACCCUUAUUCUAGAACGCUUUUGGCAGAUAAACUAUUGGGACGAUGCCCGUGUUAUUCUUCACAUUACCAAAAUCUAAGGCUUGUAGAUAUACAGCAUGUACUGUAAUAAAAGACAAUUUAAACAUUUCCAAGAAUGAUAGUAUUAUGAAUUUCAAACGUUAUUUGUCUAGAAUUCCUGGGUAAUACAGAUCGCUACUCUUAGAAUCUAUAUCCUACAUUUCUCCAGAAAUUCAAGGUUGUAUAUUUAGCACUUCAUUCUCCAAUUUUUCCCCAAUCAACAAACUUCUGAGUUAGAUUGAACUGAGAGAGAUUAACACAACUCAGGGUAGUGGCAAGACUGACUCAAAAUUUCACGUAUUUUCCACUUUGCUCGCAGCUUGUCAAAGAAUAGGAUAGUGGUAAACUAGAAUGCAAGGGUUGGGGGAAUGGCAUCCAAGCAUCCUCUGUUCCCAUGAGACGUUGCUCUCCCCCCUCAAGGGCACCCAGAGGAGAUGCCACAGUGUGGCUGGUGGUUCUUAUAACAAAAUGAAUAGAAGUGAUUGGUGGACAUAAUGGAUUGUGGGUGCCCCAUUACUGGGAAUGAAUUAUGCAUAUUUUGUGCGGAAAGCCAGAACUGGUUUCACUUCUUCUCUGCCAAUGUGGAUUUAUUCAUUAAAGUUUAUAUUCUUGUUAAAAUAAUGUCCCACUAGUUUCUUUUUCUGGAUUCAUCAAGUGGGCAGUUGACAGGUAGACUGUACCUAGAUCUCCCCAGUCAUUGUCCAUCAUCUUAAUUACUGCCUCCAUUUGACUGAUGAUGAUAAGGUACAGAAAUGAGAUGUUCUACAUAAUAUGCAGCCCAAAGGAUUUCUAUUAGCGCAGACAUGAAAUGUAUGGCAAGUCUGUAAUGAUCUCAAGAGGUUAACCUACCUGAGCAAAAAUGCCUAUCUAGGCCUGACUGAGGAUUUUAGGAUCGAGAUAGAUCUACUGCUUCUGGCCCCCUAGUGGCAUUAUACCUGGAAUUUUAGGCUUCAUUAUUAGCUCUUUAAUAAAUAUGGCAUUUGUUUUUAUUUUUUUAACAAACUCUGAGAUAUUAACUUGGAGAGACCCUUAGAAAAAUUCCAUAGAUAAAAGUUCUAAAGCAGAAAACAAAUCAAGAAACAUGACAAACUCUGAAAAAUAUGAUCAUAAAAACCCAAUCCAACACAAUACAUCUGAAAAAGAAAAAAAAUCCAAGAAGAAACCAGCAUGCACAAAGAUCUAUGAUAAACUGAAAGACAAAAAGGAUAAGUACAAAAACUGGAAAGAGGGACACAUACCUAAGGCAGAAUAUCAGCAGAUAGUUGAAUUUGCAAAGAUGAAGUCAGGAAAGCAAGGCUCAGAAUGCAACAAAGGCUCAGACUUGCAGUAAAAGUCAAAAGAUUUUUUUUAAAAAAUGUUUCAACAUAUAAAUAACAAGAAAAAA